UAUAAUAGCAAAUUUUAAGAGAAUUUAGACAAGAGAAUAUUAUAUGAUGUUUGACAGAAAACAGCUUUGUAAUAUUCUAAGAAAUAUUAAGGCAUUUGCUGAAUUUACAGGAAUGGGAAAACCUUAAUGCUGUACGUCUAUGCUCAUAUAUGUUUGGAUUAAUGAUGCUUUUAUUCAACGUAUUUAUCUAUUGUUAUAUGGGCGAGCACGUCAUCGAACAGGAAAAGAAAAUAUCAUUAACGCUGUACACAUUAGAAUGGUAUCGUCUUCCGAAUGAGAAAGCAAAAGCAUUGAUUUUAAUCAUGGCUAUCUCGGACACUUCAGUAAAAUUAAAAGCAGGGAAAUUUAUCGAUCUUUCUCUCAAAACGUAUGGCAAUGUCAUCAAAAUGGCAGUGACAUAUUUAAAUCUUCUUCGAUCAUUCGAAUGAAUCUUAAGAAUUAGUCGUAAAUGAAUACAUAAAGUAACAAUGAAAAAUUUUGUAUUUUAAAUAAAAGUAGUAAUAUGAAAUGAGCAAUCAUGUCACAUAUAAUGCGAUUAAUGACUCUUUAUUUCAAAUAUCUGUUCUGGAUAAAAUAUUAAAUGCAUUUAUAUAU